CGUCGAUAAAACUUUACAUCUUGUUGCAUGAGGAAGGAAACCAGUGAAUUACUGAAGAAAUUAAGUAUCUGGUCCAAUAUUGUAUGUCUAGUUCUUGAAUAAUCAGAUCAAAUCGUGCUAGAAGGUGAUUUAAUGACAUUGUCUGUAUGGAACAAUCAAUGCCAGCUUGCAUAAGCUGUCGGGUGAUCAAAUGUCACACCAAAAGUCACUUGCAAGCAGAGUGUUUAAUUUCACACUCAGCGGGCUUUUGCAGUUGCUCUUCAGUUACGACUCGAGUCAAUUCCAGUAGUAAUGGACGACCUCUACCAGCUGACUGCCGAAGCAGUCAAUCAAAACACCAACAAGGAAGACGCAGAAAAAAAUAAGCAUCGACAAGAAGAGGAGGAUGUAGUUUUGAAGGCAUUUAACAGCUUUGGAUUUAGCAAACGGUGGGAUAGUUUGUUAGAUACCGUUAAAAAGCAGGGAGGUGCACUUGUGGAUGUUACCAAGCGAGACUUGCAGGAAUUCGCUACUGUGUUACGCGACGACAUAGUCCAAGCAGGUGAAGAUUCACAAAACGAAACCGGCGAAGAACACAUUGACAAACAACAAGAACAAAACAAUGGAGAAUCAAGCAAAGGUUUCAAUUUGUUUGAGGUAUCUGCUGCACAAUUUGCUUCUCUACGUGAAAGCCUUUCCAAGCUUAACACCGUCAACCUCGACCGAAUGAGAGAUGGCUUACAACACACACUGAGCAACAUACCGACAAGCAUGGAAUCUAUUCAUUUACCCGGAAACAUUAAUAUUCAGCAACUUCGAGAUGAGCUUGCAGUGGGAUCUAAAUUCGCAGAACAGUAUUUGGAGAAAUUCGGAACAGAUGCAGUUCAGGCAUUGAGCAGAGCCAUUACAGUGGUUGCCCCCGUAGAUGACGAAGACAAUGAAUUUACAUCGAAAUCUACAGAGAACAAUGCCAGUGGAAAGCGAAUAUUUGCCUCUCGCAAGGAGACGAUACUAGCCGAGCUGCGAACGGAUCAUUCGGUUUACUUGGAACCACCUGUCAAAGAAACUGAAGAAGACGAUGAAGAGAGCAAGAUAUAUCACACAUUUGUUGCUGGAUUUAGUGUUGAAGAAUAUACAGAUGAAAUCGCCAAGCUGUUAGAAGAAUACCCUGAACUUAGACAAGUAAUGGAUGAACUGGUUCCUGUUCAAGUCUCAUAUAAUGAUUUUUGGCUACGGUAUUUCUACCGAGUUUGGAAGAUCGAUCAAGAGGAUGAGAAACGGAGGCAGAUUGUUCAAGGGGCAGAUGCUCAUGAGGAGGAGGAUGCGGACUUCAAGUGGGAUUCGGAAGAUGAGGAGGGCGAAGGAGCAGGCAAUGAGAAGAGCAAAAUGCUGCAGGCUGAUAGUACUUCGGCAUCAACUGCCCAACCUACUGGAGUUACUUCUGAUACAGAGUUCUCCAACAUAUCAGCUUCCAGUACAACCGAAGCCAGUCUUAUUUCUGCUCCAAAGGACGAUGAUGAUGAAGACAGUGAUUGGGAAUAGUUAACUUGUAGGUUGGAUAGCAUGUGAAAAUUUCUAUUGGACCUAUUUUUUUAUGUCAUUAAAAUUGAUUUUGUGAAAAUUCAUUGAGU